AUGAUUAAGUCUGAAGCUGGAGUUAAUUACACAACAGUAAACAAUAAUGAGUCAAAUCUCAAAUGUAAAUGGAGUGAUUGUGAUAAAUCUUACCCAAACUACAUCCGUUUACAUGUACAUUUAGUUGGAUGUCAUUUGAAGGAUAUAUCAUCACCUAUUUGCUUAUGGGAUUCAUGUCGGACUGAUAUGUUUCAAGACUAUAAUCAGUUAUUACGUCAUACACUGUUACAUGCUUUUUUUGAAAAUUGUGUUGCGAAUACUAAAAAGUUUCUUCGAUGUCAUCAUAAAAUAUGGAAGUUUAUUUGCUCUGGACCUAGUUGUCAAAAACCAGCAUAUCUUCAACGAUCCACAUCAAAAUUCUUAUGGAAUCCUAUCAUUUUAGAAAGAGGUUUUGAGUGUCAAUGGAGAAAUUGUGAUUACGUUACAAGUUCAGCAUAUCUGUUCGUAGAUCAUGUUUUGGAGCAUGAUUAUUCAGAUGAAGAUGAUGAAGUAUGUAUUAAUGACAGUUCUAAAUUAAUUUGUGCUUGGCAGUCGUCAAACAAUAAUGAAGUUGACAGUUCAAGUCAAUCUAUUUGUGGAUAUGAAUGCAAACGUCGUUCACGUUUUCAUUGUCAUAUACGUCGGCAUACUGGACUACCGAAUUUCAUCUGUUCUAAAUGUCAUGCUUGUUUUACAGAGUUUUUCAGUUUCAAAGAGCACUUUAUAUGGAGUUUAGUUAAAGAUGCGAACAAUGUGAUCAGGUUUAAUGAAUCCGAUGACAAGGAUAUAUACUGUUCCAUUGAAAUAAAGGUAAUCAGUGAACUUUCAUGCUUUCCAAAACAUCUUGAAGGUACAAUUCUAUUUCAAUGUCCUGCAUGUAUCAAGACGUUUAUUACAAAAGAAGGUUGGAGUACUCAUAGACGUGAUUGUUCAAAAUCUUCAAAUAAAAAUAUUUCUAUUCAAAGGAUAAAAUCAAGUAGGCUAAAUGAGAGUGUUUCAAUAUCUCGAAAGCGUGUUUUUCAACCUUAUUUUAAAACUGCUACAACUGAUGAUUUGUUCGAUAAAAAUUGUAUAUAUUGUUGUCAAGUUGAAAAUUGUACUUAUCAAUCAUUGAAAUUGUCAGCUUAUCGUGCUCAUUAUAGACGUUAUCAUCGAAGCAGUAAUCCUGAUGGUCUAUGGUAUUCAUGUCAUCUUUGUACAUCAUUUCGAGCUCGUAAAUCGUGUACAAUUUCGCAUCAUUUAAAAUCUGUUCAUUGGUUUAAACCAGUUAAUGGCCGAUCAACAUUUCAAUUCACAUUUGAUGAAUGUAGUCAAAGUUAUCAGUUAACUGGUCGACCACCGGAGCCAAUUCAACAACGCUUUAGAAAACUUGCACCGAAAAAAUCUUGA